AUUUGACCUCAGUGUUUGUGUUCAUGUUUUAUAUUUUAUUUUCUAGCUUUAAUUAAUUCGUGAUCACCCCGGUUGCUACUCAGAAUGGUACAGUCCGUUCACCCUGCACAGGAAGAGGAUGCGAGUCAGCCGGACGACGUUACGGAAUUUUUUAUCGUUCAUUUUUAACAUAUCCCAAGCUAAUGUGCACCUAGGUUUAGUGAUAUGUGGUUAUCUUUACGCUUCGCUAAUUCGCAGCCACGUUCUGUGCUAAGACAUUGCACAAGGUAUGAUGAAAAAAAUAACGUAACAGAUGGGCGUGUUUACAUCUUCUACCUGCGAUACAACAGCAGUAGCUGUAGCUCGGUGCUCAUUUCGACCACAACGUCUGUGUAGUUAAUGUUCAACCACCCCGCAGCUAACUACAGACGUGCAGUGAGACAGUCAGAGCAGUUUGUUUCCAUCCGUGGUGAUCUAUUAUAGGUUAAAGGAAAGACAGCCAUUACUUCAGCAUCACAGUCAGCCGCAGCUAAUUCUGUCAUCCAUCAUAUGAGUGGCUGUUCAAUGCCUAAUACUUCAGAAGGUCAAGGAGCACAUCUAUCUGGGCCAGCAGAACCAUCAGGGCUGCAAAGGCCCACUGAUGGGGAGGAAGAACGCGGUCUGAUCAGCUCCCUCGCCCGGGAUGCUGCAAGAGUAAGGAGGGCUUCGAGUGCAGAACUUCACCUGCCUUGGACCUGCCCUGUCACACACUCCCGUGAGAAGUUCUACACGGUCUGCUCCGAUUAUGCUCUCCUCAACCAGGCUGCUUCUGUGUACCGCCCCCCAAACGCAGCCAGGGACGUGGUCCCCUUGAAGCAGGAUGAGGGUCCGUCACUUGUGAAGUCCAAACCCUCAGCUGACUUGAGUGCCGGCCAGUCUGGAGGGGCCCACGUGGGAUCAGAUGGGGACUGUGACAUGGUGGAAGUGUCCUCUGGCCUCACUAAGCCUAUUUUAGCCUGGGAAAUUGAUACCACCGACUUCAAUGCUGUGCUCACUAGAAAAGCAAGAACAAGCAAUGUGAAGAAAUGCAGCACCAAGAAGAUGAAGUCAUCGGACAGACCCAGCAGAAAUCUGCAAGACAUCUCUCCUCAUGCCUCGCUGGAGGAGAUCAAACAGAGGAAAGUGCUCGACCUCAGGAGAUGGUACUGCAUUAGUCGGCCACAGUACAAGACUUCAUGUGGGAUCUCUUCAUUGGUGUCCUGCUGGAAUUUCCUGUACAGCACUCUGGGUGCGGGGAGUCUUCCACCCAUCUCUCAGGAGGAGGCUCUGCACAUUCUGGGUUUUCAGCCGCCUUUUGAAGAAAUCAAGUUUGGUCCUUUCACUGGCAAUGCUACUCUGAUGCGGUGGUUCAGACAAAUCAACGACAACUUCCGAGUGCGAGGUUGCUCCUACAUUCUAUAUAAGCCACAUGGAAAACACAAGACAGCAGGAGAAACAGCUGAAGGAGCGUUGAUGAAACUGACACAAGGGCUGAAGGAUGAGUCUAUGGCCUACAUUUACCACUGCCAGAACCACUACUUCUGUCCAGUGGGCUUUGAAGGCACGCCGCUCAAAGCAGCAAAAGCUUACAGGGGUCCUCUACCCACUAAUGAAAUGGAGUACUGGAUCCUUAUUGGUGAGCCCAGCAGGAAACACCCAGCUAUUCACUGUAAAAAAUGGCUGGACAUUGUGACAGACCUCAACACACAAAAUCCAGAAUACCUGGACAUUCGACACACAGAGAGGGGGAUUCAGCGCCGCAAAACCAAAAAGGUGGGUGGUAACCUGCACUGCAUCAUGGCCUUCCAGAGGGUGAACUGGCAGAAACUAGGCCCCUGGGCUCUGAACUUGGAGAACCUGCGGCACGACUUCCACCACUCUGGCACAGAGCGGGCCCACGGAGGUGUCGAGGAGGAGAUGGAGGAGAGAACGUCGUCCAAGCGCCUGGCUAACCUGGGACGCUCGCACAGCAUGGGAAGUCAGAAAGACACCAACUGCAAACGCUUGUCCAAUGCUACAGAGUACAGACAGAGGAGCUCCCCCGACAGCGACCUUGAAGAAGACAUCACAGAUUGAAAUGAUUUAUAGGUACACAUGGUACACAUUACAGUACAGUACAGUAGCCCUAAGGUCAGUGUUGGGCAAGCUACUUUAAAAGUAUAGUGAACUAAGCUACCAGUUACCCUAAAUUAAAUAAAGCUAUAAAGCUUCGCUACACUGAAGCUACUCCCCAGAGAAAUGUAGCUAAGCUAAACUACAGUUACAUGGCAGAUGUAGUUUACUGCAUCAAAGCUACUUUCUUUUUCUUUUUUUUUUCCCCAUUGAACCACCUUCAUUCCAUGUCUGUACUCCCCUGCAGGAGAUAUAUCACAGGCCGAGGGAUUGUUGAGUAACGUCAGCGUCGUAUGAAAGUGCUUCUGUCAGAUAUGCAUACGUGUACAUGUUUGGCAGUGACGUCACUUGCUGAUCCUUAGAAAUUUGUUGUCAGACUGCAGCAGAAAGUUCUGCUCCAUUUGUGCUUCAGAAAUGCGUGGGGAAAUGUAGCCUGUGUGAAUGCUAUCACACUAUUCAGUCAAUAAAAGAGCUAAGCUAAAGCUAGUAACGCUGUUAGUACGUUGUAGCACUGCCCAACACUGCCUAAGAUACUUUUUAAAUGCAUAAUGCUGGUAUUAUUCUAUAAUUUCUCUCAAUACUUUCUGACCUGCUCACCCUGUCUGUGGCACUUCUCUCAAAGUUUUUUUUCUUACUACUGAAGGUGUGAAGCUUUAAAUUUGUGGUCUCAUUAAUGGACACCUCAUCAGGCAUUAUCCUGCUUAUACCGUGGUCACUUACCAAUUAUUUUCGUGCAUUUUGCAGUCUCAAUUUGAAGGUUUAUACCUGCUACCGUUUCUCUGGCAAUACCUGAGAGUUUGACUGAUGUGUGGAACAGUCAUUCCCAUCCUUUUAUGCCACGUAAUUUAUUUGUUGAGGUUCCUGCAGCCAGUGCAUUCAUUUAUAAUAGUGAACAGACAGUUUGGCUGGAACUGUUUAGUAGGUGCCAAUUAUCUGGAAUUAACUGACACCCUGCAGCCAAUCAGAAUCCAUUAUUCACUCAGACCAUGGUAGAAGUGAAGAGAAGCUACAGUGCCCAUGUUUAUUGUAAUGUAGAAACCCAGUGGAGCAGUGUGACCCACUUCAGUGUUUCAAUAGUUUUUGGAACCUUGCAGGAAUAAGAUUUGCUUUGAUAGUGGUAAAUUGUUUUUUAAGAUGAUCCAAUGUAUAUCCAACUCACUAUCAUCAUUUGUGGGGCCAUAUUGUAGUUUUCAAAGCUUUUAAUCAAGUACUCUGUUUAAGUCAGUGUUUGUGAUCGCCUGCCUCCUGAAAGACUUUCUUCCCUUUAGCGCUGUCUAAAUGGAUGAUAGAGCAACAACUACUUUAAUUCAAUAACAAUGGCAGCUACAUGAAUAAGCCACAUUCUUAGACUAUUUAGCAAUGUCUGAAUAAGGGUCUUCUACUGCUGUUUUUACGCUUUCAAUACAGCAUAGUAAGGCAGAAAACACAGGCUCACAGACUGCUGUUUGGUGUUGCUAAUACAUCAGUUAUAAGCAAGGGUGAAGUGUGGGAUGUGAGAGAGACGUCUCAGCAAUCACAGUGACAGGCGACUUCACAGAGCGUUUUUUAACAGCACAUCAAACUAUGGUCAUGAAACUUAACUUCUUUUUGUUUUUUAACAUGAAUUUUAUUACACAGUUGAAUUUCAUGAACACUGUAUUGUGCUUCUGUUAUUAAAGGAGGCAGAUUAGGUGUUCUCACUACAGGAUUUUAUUUCAUUUCAUCCUCCCACUAAUACAUUUAUCUUAUUUUUAUUAUGGUUACAUUACAUCAUCUUAAACCUUCUGUAAGAGUGCACAAUAUAUUCAAGUCAUGCUGUCCAGGAUAUAAACAACAUUGACACAUUUUGCUGUAAAUUCUGUUCAAAGAUGACGCACUAAGAUAAGUGGGCUUGUUUCGCGUCUGGCGUACAGUGGUUUGUUCAGUGGAUAUGCUGUUCAGUUCCAGUGUUGUGAAAGCCGCUGACAUUUUGUUGUGCUUUAUGAAACUUAUAGUAAGACUGUCGUGUAGAUGAUCCCAGUUUUUCAAAGAUGGAAACUGUACAGAAGUCAUAGUGGAAAUCCUCAAACCCUCGAGUUCAUUCAAAAUGUGAAACCACAAAAAAGUGAAGACUGCAUGAUUCAUUUUCAUAUUUAUGUACAGCUACAAACUGUUUGCACCUUCGGCGCUAUGACCCAACACAAGUGUCAUCUUGUCAUUUGAUGUAGUGGUUUUAUUUAUUUAUAUUCCAAUAAAUUAAGAUUUUUAUAAACUC